UUCACGAACUAAACCACCAGAUUUUAUGCUUAGCGAAAUUCGUUGGGCCAAGCAUUCUUUUAUAUACGCAGCAGGAAAAUGGGAUCAGGCAUUUAAUAAUUUUAUAUUUAAUUUAAAUUUAAAUAAAAUUUUAGUUAACAGUAAAUUUCUUGUUGACUCGCCAAUUUGGUGUUUAUUUAUUUCAAAUGUAUUUUCCUGCCCAAACAGUUAAAAUAAUAAAUUUAAAAAUUUUAUUUAAAUUUUUAAAAUUAAAGGCUGUAGCUAUGAGUUGGAUUCCGUUUUUUCUUGACUAUCGUAGCUUGCCUGCAAGAAUAACGUUAUCAGUUUCUGCAUUAAUGAGUAUAACAUUUCAAUAUGGAAAUAUACUUAAAUCUCUUCCGAGAGUUAGUUAUGUAAUGUCAGUAGAUGUUUGGAUAUUUGGAAGUAUUGCAUUUAUUGCCUUUUCUUUAAUAGAACUUGCGAUUGUUGGACAUUUACAUAGAAAAUAUAGAUCACGUAAUUUUAGGAGAAAAUCUACAUUAUUAUUCGAACAAGAACAAGAUAUGCUACAUAGUAUAUCCCAAAGUGAUGCAGCAAUAAAUAUUUCUAUGGUUAAUCUAUUUAAAUUUUAA